UAUGUUGGGAAAGGACAUUUUGUCAUCAGAAUCAUGCUAGUGGUUGUGUUGCUGCUCGUACUGUUAUGUCAUUCUGUAUGCAAGACACAUUCUAUUAACUGCAGCAUAUAUGAUGAUCCUCUCCCUAUUCCUCAUGAAUUUUACCAGCCAGGAGACCUUAUCAUUGGUGGGAUUGUUUCUCAAGUUAUCUUUCUCUAUGCUGACCUCCUUUUCACUGAACAGCCUGCACAAAUCUUGAUCAAUGAACCUAUCUCACUUAUGGAUCAUUUUUACCACCACAAGGAUCCAAAAUGCAAUUCCCAUUUUUGUACCAGAUGGUCCCAAAUGAAGUCUACCAGCAAAUGGGAGUCAUGAAGUUACUUCAGCAUUUCAGAUGGACAUGGAUUGGGCUCUUGGCUGUGGAUGAUGACAGAGGGGAUAGGUUUUUGCAGACAGUUGUACCAAUGCUUUCCCAGAACGGCAUCUGUUAUGACUUCAUAGUAAGACUACCAAAAUGGAAUUAUGUGGAUGAGUUGAUAGAGUUGCUUAUACAGCAGUGGCAAAGCUAUGCAAUGGUCAUUCAAAGAAAAGCCAAUGUGUUUUUUGUAUAUGGAGAACCUCCAUCCUUUCAGGUUGUGAGAACGUUGCUGUUUCUAGCACCCUUCUUGGCAUGGCCACCUCUGGGAAAAGUGUGGGUUAUUACAUCCCACUGGGAUUUUGCAUCACUCUCUGUUCAGAAGAUCUGGGAUAUUCAAACCUUCCAUGGUUCCAUAUCAUUGACAGUUCAUUCAAAUCAGCCAUUAGGAUUCCAAAGGUUCAUUCAGAUCAUAAGACCUGCGUGGGCCAAAGGAGAUGGUUUCAUCCAGGACUUCUGGGAACAGACAUUCAGCUGUUCAUUAAGAAUGUCUAAGGGGCUGGAGGAAAAGAAGAACAAAUCCUGCACUGGGGAGGAAAAGCUGGACAGCAUUUCAGGGGUUUUGUUUGAAAUGAAGAUGACUGGCCACAGCUACAAUGUCUACAAUGCGGUCUAUGCUGUGGCACAUGCUUUACACGCAAUAUACACAUAUAGCUCCAAACACAUAAGAAUGAUAAAAGGAGACAGACCGGCAGUGCAAGAUGUACAACCAUGGCAGGUCCAUCACUUUCUAAGGAGCAUCACAUUCAAUAACAGUGCUGGAGAGUCUGUGUGUUUUGAUGAAAAUGGAGAGCUCGUUGUAGGUUUUGAUGUUACAAACUGGGUGGUGUUCCCCAACGGCUCAAUAACCAGAGUGAAAGUUGGAAGACUAGAACCUCAGGCUCCUCCAGACAAAACGUUAACAAUUAAUGAAGACCAAAUUGUUUGGCAUCAAAGCUUUAACCAGAUCAUGAAAUCUCUGGCAGCCCAAGCAGAUCAGCUUUGCAGAGCUCUACCAUGA